AAGAAUGGAAGUGUCCAAAAACGAAGAAAAGGAAAGGAAAAAAACAGGAGAAAAUAAAACCCAAUUAUUGGCGGUGUCGGAAGUUGUAAAUUUUGCGAGCGGAAUCCGUAGAAAAUGAAGCGGAAGAAGUGGUCGGAGGUGGAGGAGCAAACGCUGCUCUCGAAAUACGCGGAGCAUCUGAACUCGGGGACGCUGGCGAAGCUGAAGACGCGGGAGAAGAAGUUCAAGCCCAUCGCCGACCACGUCAACUCCCUCCACCACCACCACGAUCCCAUCACCUUCCCCUUCAAGUGGUCGUGGCGCGACGUCUCCAUCAAGGUCCAGAACAUGCGCCACCAGUACCUCGGCGUCAAGCAGAAGAUCCGAAUCUCCACCAACGAGUUCAAUUGGGACGACGGCGAGAUCCACUGGGAGAAUUUCCUCAAAUACAAGGAGGUUUUCGGGGAUAUUGAGCUGGUCGAUAGGAAAUUUGGGGAGGAGGGCAUUUCCGGCAUUUUGGGGGAUGAUUUAGGGUAUGGGAUUGAGAGUGAGGAUUUGGAUGAAAACGAGGAAUUGGAUGAGGAUGAUUUGGGGGUGAGUGAUGUGGAGAAGGAGGACUAUUCUGAUUUUGAUGGGAGGAAGAAGGGAUUGAGAGGUGCUGGUGCUAAAUUGUUGGAAUUGAGGGAUGUGGUUGUGAGGAGGGAGGAGAAGAGGAGGGAGAGGGAGUGGAGGGGAGAGGUGGGAGCAAUGGAGGAUGAGCUUGAGAGGAAAGAGAGGGAUUUGAGGAUGAAGAAGCAGUUGCUGGAGAGGGAGGAAGGGGUUUGUGAGAAGGAGAUGGAGCUGCUGGAGCUGCAGAUGGCUAGGGAGAAGAGGGAUUAUGAGAAGCGGAUUCGGUUGGAGAAGGAGGUUGAGCAGGAGAGGAGGCAGAGGAUGAAGAUGGAGGAGAAGUGGGAGGAGGAGGAGUUGGAGUGGAGGGAGAGGCUGGUUGAGGUGCAGUUUGAGCAUGAGAAGCAGAUGAUGCAAAUGCAUGCUGAUGCUUGCCAGAACCAGCUCCAGAUUCUUGGGGUGCUGGCUCGGCUUGUAUGCCAGUUUUUCGGGUCCGCUGGUGAUGGUUUGAGCGGCAACAUGGGGACUCUCCCCCCUCAGGUUUUGCAGAAUUUGCAGCACCCGGGAGGCUUGGGUGAUGGCGGCAAGCCUGAGGCUAACUUGCCUUCUGAAUUCUUAUAGACUGUGCUUGCUCCCUUUUGAACAGAUACUGAAAUGCAAGAUUACUGGAAUAUAGGGUUGUUGUUAGAGCUUCACAGGCCGUGUCUCGUGUAGGAAGACGAUUGAGUUAUAAUAUUAUGAUGUACCAGUACUACUAUAUUGGUAUGCAGGAAAUUUGGUGGGAUGGUAUCAGCAUGACUGUGGAUGAGGAGGUAUCUGUGACUGACUUCUUUAUUUUUGUCAUUCUAUAUACCCAAGCAAUUUUGUUCAGUUCGUUGCUGUUUUUCACGUAUAUUGUUGACAAAAAUGACUCCUGGAGUGUGUGUAGGCUGUUUAUUGUUAGU